CAUGGCGGUGCAACAUGGCGGGCUUCUUGGAAGAGGACCCGCCCCCUCUCUAACAAUAAAUGGCCCAUUCCAAGCUAACGAAAAUAACACAAAGAUCUUAUUUUCAGUCCUGCUCUGUGUCUCCUCAAAACACAUUUGUCACCCAGAUGACCGUCUGCCUCACCUACUUGCCCAGGGUCUUUUCAGUUUACCUUCUCACCUUUGUGCUCAAGACCCAAUUUUGCUGACUGAAACAUCUGGCGAGCCUCAGGAGCAGUGAAGUGUCUUCAUGGCAGUUCGUCGAGGACACAUUAAGUACUUGAAAGCUGACCUGCAGGAGGUGUAUGACAUGUCGAACGGUUAUGAAGACCACAUGGGAGGGGACGAGGGGAAGGACGCCAAGACCAACCUGAUAGUGAACUACCUGCCUCAGAGCAUGACGCAGGACGAGCUGCGGAGCCUCUUCAGCAGCAUCGGAGAGGUGGAGUCUGCCAAGCUGAUCCGAGACAAAGUCGCAGGCCACAGUUUAGGGUACGGAUUUGUUAACUAUCUUAACCCUAGUGAUGCAGACAGAGCUAUCAGUACACUGAAUGGACUAAGGCUACAGUCCAAAACUAUCAAGGUCUCAUACGCACGACCCAGCUCUGAUACAAUAAAGGAUGCUAACCUGUAUAUCAGCGGCCUGCCCAAGUCCAUGACCCAGAAGGACGUGGAGGACAUGUUUUCACGUUAUGGCCGCAUCAUUAAUUCUCGUGUACUUGUUGACCAGGCCACAGGUACGACAGGUGCGUCCCGUGGGGUUGCUUUUAUUCGGUUUGACAAGCGGGCAGAGGCAGAGGAUGCCGUCAAAAACCUGAACGGCCAAAAGCCACCCGGGGCCUCUGAGCCAAUCACAGUGAAAUUUGCUGCCAACCCAAACCAGGUGAAGAACACACAGCUCAUCUCUCAGCUCUACCACAACCAGUCCCGGCGCUUCGGAGGGCCCUUACACCACCAGGCACAGCGGUUUAGGUUCUCCCCCAUGGGUGUUGAUCACAUGGGCAGCAUGGGAAGCGUCGGCGUCCCCGGGAACUCCACCUCCGGCUGGUGCAUCUUCAUCUACAACCUGGGCCAGGACGCCGACGAGAGCAUCCUCUGGCAGAUGUUCGGCCCCUUCGGCGCCGUCACAAACGUCAAGGUGAUCCGAGACUUCAACACCAACAAGUGCAAGGGUUUCGGCUUCGUCACCAUGACGAACUACGAGGAAGCGGCCAUGGCCAUCGCCAGCCUCAACGGCUACCGGCUCGGAGACAAGAUACUGCAAGUGUCCUUUAAGACCAGCAAAGGCCACAAGUAGAGAGGGAGCUGGACAAUCAGGUGUAGAGGAGAGAGGGGAAUAACCUGCACCGGGCUUUUAUUGCAGACAGCAGAAAUACAUGUUUGAAAAGUCUGGCCAAUCAGUUUGGGUUUUAGUGUAUUCAGAGUUAUGAGAUGUUCACUCUUCUGCACCUUUGUACUUGUCUAAAAGAGUGUAGGCACAGUUCGUUUUGACUUUUCUCCUUUUUUGUUUUUGUGUUUUUGUUUUUUGUGAGUUUUUUUUUUUUUUCUUUUCUUCAUACUCAUGUUCGAGGACACUCAGUAGUUUUCAUUUUUAGGGGGAGGAUGGAGAGGGCAAAAUCUCAACAUACUCCCAAGAUAAGUUUUGACCUAAAAAGCUAAAAUACUGUCCGUAUGUGUUUGCAUGUUUAACUGUGAGGACUUGAUAAAGGAGGCAGGCCUGUGCUGCUUUGGCACAUAGUUCUUAGCAGCGCACUGAAA